UUCUUGUAAUAUGUAUAGCUUCUGUCAUGAGUAACUUUUUUUUUCAGCAAUUCUAACACCCCAGCCCCAGAUAAAAAUAAAAAAAACACCAACAAACCCCUUCUCUAUUUUCUAUGACUCGGAGUCUAUAGAGGUCACACUUCUUGAUAUUUUUUUCUCACAUUUUGCAGUAGAUGUUUCAUCCAGUUGACUUAUUUGCAAGUCAGACUGCCAACAAGGGCCAACCUGGAAACAUGAUGGGACCUCUGCUACUUCAUUUGCUUUUACAAGGUGUUCUACUAUAUGAUGCUGUGGGAUGGGAAGUGAGAAUCCCAAAGGAAAUUCACGGUCUCAGAGGUUCCUGUCUGGUCAUACCAUGUUCUUUCAGCUACACAUCAUACCCACCCAAAGACCCAAAUAGAGUUGUGUGGUAUCAGUGGGUCUCUAGAGGUUAUCCUUUAGUUUACGAUCCUUUGCAUGCAAACAAUGUCAUUGAUAAAUUCAAAGGUAAAACUGAUUUAUAUAGAAAAUCAGGUGAAUGCAGUCUGCUGAUUACCAGACUGGAACAGUCCCACCAUGGAGAGAAAAUAUAUGCAUGGAUUGACCCUGAAAAUGUUGGAUGGCGCACCUACGCAUUUUAUGAUGUCACCUCUACAGUUCUCGUUGAUGCAAGUCCACAGCAGCCUAGCAUCAGUAUUUAUGGAGGUGAGAGAAUGGGUGACGCCAUCACAGUAGGAUGUUCAACUUUCCACACGUGUCCAUACAGCAAACCAACAAUCACUCUGAAUGGUGCAGAAGGAUCUUAUCAAACAAAGGAUGAACAUAUUAAAAACGGCCUGUGGAAAAGAACUCUGACACGCACAGGUGUGAUAAGGGCAGAAAGCUUGACUAUUAUGUGUUCAGUAACACAUUAUGGUGGCAUAAAAGCGACAGCUACAGAGGUCAAAAGGUCAAAAUGUUUUCAUAAUGAAAUAACGAUUGAGCCUGAACUGGCAGAUGUCACAGAGGGUGUCGCAAGGAGCUUCACUUGUAACGUCCAUCAUUCCUGCCAGAAAGAGAAUCCAACCAUCACAUGGAACUAUAAGAACAUGCAAGUCACAAAGGGGAACAAAAACAAUCAGAACAGCUAUUCCAUCAUAACCUUUCUGGGUGUAAAAGAAGAUCAUGGGAAGAAAUUGAUUUGCACUGCAAAAUUUUCUGGAGGAGACGUUUCAGCUUCUGUUGUUUUACGUGUACAACAGUAUAAGAAACCAGUCCAGAUCCUGAAUGAAACUCAUUUCCACUAUGAGGCAGAUGUGAUUCCCAAUAUCACUGCACUGCCUCAUUCAUGUGUGGUAAUACCGUGUAGUUUCAAGAUGGAGGAAUAUGUCACUCGUCUUCGGGUUCUUUGGGACACUGAUGGAGGUGGCUACAUGUUCCACACGGAUCCAGUUGAUGUCUUGAACAACUUCAAAGGCCGCACAAGACUCCUCGGAAACCCGGAUGAACAUAACUGUACUGUGGAGAUGGAUAAUGUGCAAACUCAUGACAACGGGCCGUUCUGCUUCCGGGCAGAAAAAGGAAACAGGAAAUACAUCUUCAACAACAGCUGUGUGUCCAUUAUUAUGGAGGAAUCUCCCGACAAACCUGUGAUGUCAUCCCUCCCUGAAGACAUCGAGCCCAAGGCACGCAUCGCUGUCAAAUGCUCAGUCAACCACACAUGUUCUUCUCACCCUCCCCAAAUCACCUGGAGCGUCCCAACAGCCCGAGAAACUAUCAGCCACCGUCACAUGGGUGGAGGCGUCUGGGAAACAGUGUCUGCUGUGACCUUUAUUCCAACUGGAUAUGAAGAGAAAGAUGAAAUUGUCUGCACUGCCAACUUUUGGGGCGGUAUAACACAGGAAAACACUGGCUUCCUGAAUAUUAGAAGAGUUCAGGGGCUUAGAUUGGAGACUAUUGGGUCUAGUAUCAUUGCUCCCACACUUGUGUUCGUUCUCAUUUGUGUACUUGUGGGAGUCUUCAUAUAUAAAAUGCGACACAGACAGCUUCAUCCAGAUAUGCAAGGGUCACAAUCUGAACGGAGGAGGUCGGUUUGGAACAGAUUAUCAAGUCGUUUAAGAACGUCUGACAGAAGCGAUAAAAGGUACACUGGAGAUGCUACUCGAAGACAUAUGAGGCUUGAACAAAGAACAAACAACAUUUGUACAGUGUCAGGAAACAAGCCUUUCUGCAAACCUCUUAUGCCAUCACCAAAGAGUGAGCCAAAAUCCUCAGGUUAUGAUUAUGGGGCUGUUUACUCCAACAUGGAAGAUCUCAACGUGUAUGGAAAUAUCUGAUGAUAAUGAACAACACAAAGUUCAACAAAGUUUUUUUUUUUUUUUUAAUGCUCAAAAUAAUAUUAAUCAGACUGUAUGCUUUCAAAUGUAAUCACUCUUUUUGACUCUGUAGCUUGUGUUGACUUAACUGAUUUUAUUAAUGUUGUUGUCUCUGUUCUACUCUGCCAUUUAUCAACACUUUCCAGCAUUUUUGUGAAAAAAUAACUAUAAAUAUAAACAUUCCAUCCUAUAUAGCAUCUUGAUGAUUUAUCAGCUCAUUAUACUUACCAAUAUCAUUCUGCAUGCUAAGUUUAUAAAAUAUGCUGCAUGUUGUGAAACAAAUUUGCACCAAUGUAUAAAAUUCUUACACUGUUAGUAUUGACAGAAAUCUGCAUGAACAUAAUGUGAUUAAACCAAAUGUUUUUAGAAAUAAUAAUCUUUGUUACCAUGAUUGUAAAAGGAAACAAGUAUAAACCCAUCAGGCACAAUAGCAGCUCCAGAAUGAAUGAAAAGUAGAAAGGUUAGUGAAAACAAGAUUAGAAACAGGUUUGCAACCUAAUCAGGAAUGACAACAAAUCAGGGACAAAUGAAACAGGAACGAAACAUGAGAAACUGAAGGAUGUCAAACGUGCUGAAGUGCUUAAGAACAGGACUGAAGGGGUGAGAAAAAUAGAGUAUAAAUGAAUAUGGAAAUCAGCAGUAUCCACCCUGUUCCAAAAGAGUGUGUUUUUAAUUAAGGGUGGCACUUCCUGUUUACAGGACUUCCAUAAAAAAAAAAUUACUGAAACAAAUAAUUACAA